AUGCUCAACGCCUUGCCGGACGAAAUCCUCUCUCAAAUCCUCUCUUUUCUCCCGUUCAAAACAUCCGUCUCCACCAGCACCCUCGCCGUAAGAUGGAGACGUCUAUGGACCUAUGCGCCUAACAUACAACUCACCGGAGAUUCCAUCCCCUGCUCAAUUUCCGAACGCACGAAAUUCGUACGCACGCUGACAAUUAUUCUGUCCCAAUGUGAAACACACGGCGUGAACACACUUCGCCUCCCUAUGGGCUACUUCAACAAGCAUGAACUUGAGUCGUGUCUCGAGAGCGCCUUUGCUUGCAACGUGAAAUUUCUCCAUCUUACUUUGCCAUAUGCCCUCAAUAUUAUACCCCCUUGCGUCUUCACAUCUAAGACCCUUGUUGAACUGAGGAUCAAAAACUUGCAUAUUGAGAUGAAGAAUGGCGUCGUUUGUUUACCCGCCCUUAAGAGGCUUUGUCUCGACUAUGUAGACUUUCGGCUUGGUUGCUCCCUCGAAAGCAUGAUUUCUGGCUGUCCCGUGCUUGAAGAUUUCACUCUUGGUUACUGUCUGCUUGGUGACAGCGAAAUUGAGGGAUGCCAUUGCAUAUCUUCUCCCAUUAUGAAGAGGUUGGUUCUCCAUUGUGGCUUAACUCCCACUUCCAGGUUGAAGAUUGAUACUCCCGCACUUGAAUAUGUUGUGUUACGUUUUAAUAAGCCCUAUAAUAUCUCGAUUGGGUCGAUGGCAUCCUUGAUUGAAGCAGACAUUUUUGUUUUUUGCCUCAAUUUUGGUGCUCGUUCUCUGGUGGAACUCCUUGGUAGGUUCUCUAAUGUAAAAGAUAUGAAACUAAGCAUUUUGGGGAAGGUUCGUGACAUAACACCUGCUGAUUUGAACAUAAAUUUUCACAAUUUAGCCAAACUCACGGUGGGAGGUGAUUGCCGUUUCAUCUCAUAUUUUGUGGAGAAGGCUAACAAGCUUGAAGUCCUGAAUGUCAAGCAAUGUCUAGAACCGCAAUGCGAGAUGGAACUCCUCCACCAUUGGUGGUUCCUCACAUAUUUGCUAGAGAAGGCUGAUAAACUUAAAGUCCUUAUCAUCCGUACUGUUUAUAAUAAGCAUAACCGAAAACGCUGGUUGGCGGUGCACCUCCAAGUGCCUAAUUGCCUGUUAUCACAUCUUAAAAUAGUACAAAUUCGUGAAUUGUACUGUAUGGAGAAUGAACUCGACAUGGUUAGAUAUCUCUUGAAGAAUGCUAAAGUCCUAGAGAGGAUGGAACUACACUGCUUCGAGAGGAUGGAACAACACUGCUUAGAAGAAUCGAUUGGGAGAAUUUCAUCAUUUGAUCGAGGAUCUGAGAAGUGUGAGAUUGUCUUCAACUAA